CAAAGCAAUAGUAACAGACAAGAAUUGUUUGUUUACAUCACAAAACCUGAGUAAACACCUACCAUUCUGCUACUCUAACAAUGCGGGUUUUCUAUUAUAACUAGCAUUGAAUAAUUCCAAUUAUCACUUGCAUACUAUUCUCACAUGCCUCCACAGGUCGACUCUAGGUCACUUAGCCUGCAGAAUUUUGCUUAACACUUUAACUGCCAUGUGUCAUACUUUCAAUGGGAUAUUAUAUUCGUAAGGUCACAGUCCCUCCUUCCUCAUCGCAGCUGGUGCUGCUCAGUUAUUCCCAAGGAAUCGCCUAGUGCUGGGUGCAUUUUUCUACACUGUGAUUGUACAGCUCCGAGAAGGCAGCUGAGGUCAGCAAGCUGAGGCAUCUACAGGAACAUAGGCUAGUGUGUGUGUCACAUGCUGUGUCUGAGAAUGAAAAAAAAAAUCAGGCAGAGAUGAGGCAGGCACCCGCCGCAUCUCAGUUCCUGGUUGCUACAGGUGUCAGAAAUUCAUCUCAUCCCUCCUGAGAAUCAUGAAGCUGAAAGUCCCCUUGGUCUUUCUUCAUUUGUAUCUCUCCUGUUGCGAACCCCAAGUGAUUCAGAGCCCUGAGUCGCUGGUUACUGGGGAAGGGAAGGUCUCCACCAUGUCCUGCUCCUUCACCAGCGCUUACCAAACCUUCUACUGGUACCAGCAGCUUCCUGGGAAAGGGCUGACCUAUCUGCUGACGGCGAGCUCUAAUAAGAAUGUCACUGUGGGGCAGCGGUUCAUAGGCGAGCGCCUGGAAGAUGGGGAACGCAGCUCCCUGCACAUCGCCGACUCCCAGCUGAGGGACUCAGGCAGCUACCUCUGUGCAGUGGAGCACAGUGACACAGAUGGAGAGGUGGACACGAAGGUUUCUCAGCCUGCUGCGCUGUCUUUCCUGGCGGGGGGCAGCUCUGAUCUCCCCUGUAACCACAGUGUCGCUGGCUAUGACAGAGUUAUUUGGUACUAUCAAAGCCCCGGAUCUGCACCUCGAGCUGUGAUCUCUGGCUACAACUCUGCAGAGACGUCGGAGAGGUUUGAACUGUCCAUUGAUCUCUCCAGCCGGUUCGCCCCGCUGCGCAUCACCAAGGUGGCGGUGGAGGACUCGGGGGUGUAUUACUGCGCCGUGAGGGACACAGCGAGAGGAAAUGCAGGGCGAGCUGAACAGAAACCUCCCCGAGUCUGAGAGUCCUUGGCAGGAAGAGAAGGGAGCUCAGAUAAUCAAAUUACAGGCUGGGAUCCUCAAAGGAGCCAGG